UUUACCCUUGUGGUCCCUGAUGGCUUCGCACAGUGAUACUCUGGUGGUGUUCUUUGGGGCAACAGCUGGUGCAAAUGGGGGUAAACUGGGUUCGGAUGAGAGGGAAAUAAUUCUCUUGGUGUGGCAAAUUGUGGACCUACGUGAGAAAAAGGUGGGCAAGCUUCACAGAUGUCUUGUCAAGCCAGACACUUUGGAGCUUCCAGAUCAAUGCAAAGAAGAGACUGGCCUCUGUUUGGACGAUCUUGUCAAUGCCGAGCCCUUGGAUAAAGUUCUGCAACAGUUUCAGCAGUCUGUGACAUCGGAAUUGGAGUGUCUUGACAGAAGCUCUUAUACACUUUGUGUCAACAGUCCCCUUGUCAUCCGACAGGCCCUCCACCCCGAGGCUUCUAAUAAGAAUCUCGUCCUUCCAGAGUGUUUCUUUUCAUUUGUGGACUUGAGAAAAGAGUUUGAAAAAUGUUGUCCCAGUGCCGGCCCUGCGAUCAAGCUGGAUCUCCCCUCCAUGUUAGAACAUUUGGGUCUAGCUGCAGUAUCAGAGCAGCUGAUGGGAGUGAGGGAAGUGAGGAGCAUGGCAGAGCUGAUCCUCCACAUCCUGGCUGAGCCUUACAAUCACAGUUUUACCUGCAUUGAGACGGUGAAAUACAAAUUUGAUUCUGGCACAUGCAGUAAGACAGAGCAAGUUGACAAUGAGACGGUCAUCAGGGCACGAGGACUUCCGUGGCAGUCUUCAGACCAAGACAUUGCUCGCUUCUUCAAAGGCCUUAACAUAGCCAAAGGGGGUGUGGCCUUAUGCCUCAAUGCUCAGGGCAGGAGGAAUGGUGAGGCCUUGGUUCGCUUCAUCAACUCUGAACACAGAGACCUGGCACUGCAGCGCCACAAGCACCACAUGGGCAGCCGCUACAUCGAGGUCUACAAGGCCACAGCAGAAGAAUUCCUGAAGAUUGCUGGAGGCACUUCUAACGAGGUUACACAGUUCCUGUCCAAAGAGAACCAGGUGAUUGUCCGCAUGCGGGGGCUGCCAUUCAAUGCGACAACGCAAGAAGUCCUGGACUUCCUUGGUCCCGAUAGCCCUGUCACUGAUGGUGCAGAGGGGCUACUUUUUGUGAAAUACCCAGACGGGCGACCCACAGGUGACGCCUUUGUGCUAUUCUCCUGUGAUGAGUACGCUCAGAAUGCCAUGAAGAAGCACAGGCAGAUUCUGGGCAAGCGCUACAUUGAGCUCUUUCGCAGCACUGCGGCAGAGGUGCAACAGGUCCUGACUCGGUACCUUUCCACUCCUCUGAUAUCCACCCUGCCGACCUCCUCCAUCGUCCCCGUCCUCGCCACACCUCCCUUCCUCCCGACGGCCAGCAGCACUCGCGACUGCAUCCGCCUCCGUGGCUUGCCUUACACGUCCGGCAUCGAAGACAUCCUAGAGUUCAUGGGUGAACAUACUGUGGACAUCAAACCUCACGGAGUCCACAUGGUCCUCAACCAGCAGGGCCGACCCUCGGGUGAUGCCUUCAUCCAGAUGAAGUUCCCUGAGAAGGCCUUUUUAGUAUCCCAGAAGUGCCACAAGAAGACUAUGAAGGAUCGCUACGUGGAAGUGUUCCAGUGCUCCACAGAGGAGAUGAGCAUCGUCCUUAUGGGAGGAACAUUAAACCGUAGUGGCCUCUCGCCACCACCUUGCAAACUCCCCUGUUUAUCUCCCCCUGCUGCCUAUGCUUUCCCCACUUCACCUGCCAUCUUGUCAGACCCCGGCCUCUACCAGCCCCCCCUGUUGGCCGCUCCCAGACAUCACCAGGCCACGCACAGCCCGGCCCUGGCGUAUUACCACCCCCAGCCUCACCUUUACAUGAACAUGAACUACACAGCUUACUAUCCAAGCCCCCCAGUAUCCCCCUCUACAGUGAGCUACUUCACAGCCCCGCCGUCAAUGGCGGCAGCAGUGGCAGGCCAGCCCCAUCAUGCCGCUGCGGCCGCAGCCGCCUCUGCCCCGGUGCUUCCCCAACCUGGAGCACUGGUGCGGAUGCAAGGCCUUCCCUACAACACUGGCGUCAAGGACAUCCUCAGUUUUUUCCAGGGAUACCAGCUCCAGCCGGACGCCGUCCUCAUCCUGUACAACUACAGCGGCCAGUGCAGCGGCGAGGCCUUGGUUACCUUCCCCAGCGUGGAGGCGGCGCGCCGGGCCGUGGCAGAGCGCUCCGGUCAGGCCUUCUACGGCGAGCGGCUUCACUUGACCUUCUGCAACUGA